AUGGGAACCAGGAGUGCUAGUGCUUAUAAGCAACAUGCCUUCCAGGCCCCAGCGGCGGACCCGGUCUGUGGCUCCACCGAUCACCGCGUUUCGUUCGCGGAGGGUAGGGAGAACGGCAUAUCGCAGUACCGAUACUCCUCUUCCCCCGCGGCCCCAGUACUAAUACAUCAUCGGCUGCUCCUCUACCACCCUCGAACUUUCCUCCGCAGCCGCUCAGUGCGCAUUCGGAGUGGGUUAAAUGAGUCCAUUCGGAGUGGGGCUCUCAGGCUGGCCUUACAUCACAGGCCUCGUGGAGUUAAUGGUACGAGUAUUUUAUGCGAAAGAGAAUUCUGUAGGACAUUCAGACAUAAGCCAGGCUGCUCGGCACCGGCGAUAGAGUGUAGCAUAAAUAACGCUACGCAUAAUGGAAUUUGGUUGCCAUCGCCCACCACGUGCAACUGUUGCGACUACUGCUUACCAUUGUUCGGGCAAGGUGCUCAUUGCUCCACUGGUGGUCCAGGCACAGGAAUAACCGUUGGCAGAUGUGGCCACGGAUUAACUUGUGACCCAGAACAGCUGACGUGUGUGCGGAUGAAAACCGAAUGUCACGAUGCACAAGAUGAUUAUGAUGCAAGACACCUUAGGGGAGAAACGGGCGCUAUGGAACAGCGCCCUCUCUGUGACGGGAAGGGGAAGUACGCGGCAUUUGAAUGUGUGCCAGCCCAAACGUGUUUUUGCCAAUCAGAAGACGGCGAAAGGAUAUUCGGUGAAAGUCUAAACAUGGGUGCGACGACAAUGCAGAAUAUGCAUUGCGCUUGUUCGCGCUUCAAUCAUAAAAUAAAAGAAUCCCUAUCAUCGGGAGUACGCUUUCCUGUAAUCGGGCCAAGAUGCACCUCAGAUGGCAAUUUCCAUCCAGUACAAUGCAUCAACAGGAUCUGUUAUUGUGUGCACAGAGUGACUGGACUAAUAAGAGGAGAAAAAACCGUGAACUUGGACACGGAACCGAUUUCCGAACUACCUUGCUACAAUCCGGAUUUGGACCUUUUCCCGAAUCAGGUAGAAGGUGAUCCUCCAUUCAAUUACACAACACCCUGCUAUGAAAGUAUGAGGGAGAAAAUAGAACUCAUUCUACAGGGAGAAGAAGAUGGCUUUAAUAUCGAUUUUUUUACAUCAGUCUCUGACUGCAUGCCAGAUGGAACUUUUGGGAGAGUCAUAACUCGAAAUGGAACUAAAAUAUGCAUAGACGAUAGAGCACAACGCAUCGGAGAUUAUGAAGCUGAACCUGGCAGCGAGAGUUUCAAAAGCAUGGAUUGUAAAUGUGCUAAAACGUCCUUUCUCAUGGCGACAUCUAAAGAAAAACCUAUAUGUUGUAAGAAUGGCAACUUCAGAAAAAUACAGUGUCAUCGUGGUCAGUGCCGCUGCGUCGACUCCGAUGGACGACAAAUAAGUAGGGAGUCGUCUGAUGUCAGAACUCUGUCUUGUUAUACAGAGGAUUGGAAGCAAUGU